AUGCACAAGUACCGGCUGAUUUCCAAGAAGGGCGAGGGCACCUUCUCAGAGGUGCUGAAGGCGCAGUCCAUCAAGUCGGGGAAGCAUGUAGCAAUCAAAUGCAUGAAGAACCAUUUCGACAGCAUAGACCAAGUUAACAACUUGCGAGAAAUCCAGGCACUACGCAGGUUAGCUGGACACCCCAACAUCAUCAAGCUUCACGAGGUCCUCUACGACGAGCCGACAGGAAGGCUCGCCCUAGUCUUCGAGCUCAUGGACAUGAACCUCUAUGAAGCCAUCAAAGGGCGAAGGCAUUAUUUGCCAGAACAAAAAGUAAAACACUACAUGUACGAGAUGCUGAAGGCAUUGGACCACAUGCAUCGAAACGGCAUUUUUCAUCGAGAUGUGAAGCCAGAAAAUCUGCUGCUGCUCGACGAUGAGAUCAAGCUGGCAGACUUGGGCAGUUGCCGUGGCAUCUACUCUCGCCAGCCGUUCACAGAGUACAUCUCCACCAGGUGGUACCGUGCACCGGAAUGCCUGCUUACGGAUGGGUACUAUAACUUCAAGAUGGAUCUUUUUGCAGCUGGUUGCGUUUGUUUUGAGAUCGUGGCUUUGUUCCCUCUCUUCCCUGGACAAAAUGAGAUGGAUCAGCUUCAGAAAAUCCACAAUGUGCUGGGCACUCCUCCUGCCGAGCUUCUUGCAAGGAAGUUCCGGCGCAACGCCUCCCACAUGGAUUUCAACUUCCCCGAGAAGAAGGGCACCGGCAUCGAGCGUCUGAUCCCUCAUGCCGACCCGGAGCUCACCGAGCUCAUGAAAAAGCUAGUGAGGUAUGAUCCUGAUGAGCGCAUCCUGGCAAGGCAGGCGCUGAAGGACCCAUACUUCCGCGAGCUCCGAGAAGCAGAGAAGGAGAUGGCCACGGCUGUCGCGCAGCUCCAGUCGACCAGUGGUGGCUCGCGAAGCCGUGAUCCCAUGUCCAAGGCGGGCCUCAGCGCCACGAGCAGCGUGGCCAGCGCCGAGCAUGAGAAUCCGGAGCAGACCCAUGAGCCCAGUCGGAGCAGCAGCCCUGCGCCAGAGGAGUCGCGCAGCGGUGGACUCCCAACUAUCCGCCAGGAGAGACGCAAGAUGGGCGGAAUGGCAGAUAGCGAUGAUGUGCACGAUGAUGGCAUGGUCCUUCCACCCAUCGGAGGUUUGAAAGGCAAACGAGAUAGCAAGAACAAGACGCAGACGUUCAAGACUGCAGCGGCUGCGUCUUUGCAAAAACCCGGCAUGGUGCAUGGUACCAUGACGGUGCAUGGAUCUAUGGGAGCAGGUGUGCAUGGCGAGAAGUCGCUGGGGGUCUUGGGCACGUCCAAGGGGUUCAACGGGACUGUGAGCAGCACCACAGGAGGAGCUAACACCCAGUCCAGUAUGUCCUCUGGUGGCGAUCCGAUGUCUUCCACAAACCCGCACACUUGGACCACAACUGAUCACCAGGAUCACAUGCGCGGGGUGAGCUCAGGGUCCGGUACGACAGCCGUAGCAGACAAGAUGAACUCGACCUGGGCUCCCAACUCGCAGCGCAGGUACGUCUCGCCCUUCGGCGCGAAGAUGCCGGGAGGAGGGUCCAAGAAGCGCUAA